AUGAAGAAAGGCUCCAAGAAACAUGGGGAGGGCUCAUCGAGCCGGAUCUCCGAUCCGCGUUUCGCCAAUUUCCAGACGGACCCUCGCUUCCGACUGCCCUCGAAGAAGAAGACGAAGACCACACUCGACAAACGUUUUGCCGGUAUGCUCAAGGAUGAAGAGUUCACAGCCACCGCUCGAGUAGAUCGCUACGGCCGAAAACUCAAGUCCGACUCGAAAAAGAAGGCUCUAGAGAGGCUGUACCAACCCGAGGAGGAUGAGGAUAAGGAUGACGAGGAUGGCGAUGGCGACAAGGCCGGGUCUGACGAUGAUCUGGAGGUUGAUGACGACGAAGUUGUACAGAGAGAAUUGAGGAAAGCGCACGAAAAAUUUGACCCAGCUCGAGGCGGCGGAUUCUCUUCCUCCGAGUCAGACUCGGAUUCGGACGACGACGACGACGACGAGGACGAAGAUGAUGAGGCUGGGGGCGCUACGGUGUCAAAUAGCGGCGACAUGCAGCGAUUCCAGGACCAGCGGGCUGAGGUAGAAUCUGGAGAAGUCACCAAGCGCAUUGCCAUUGUCAACCUGGACUGGGACCACAUCAAAUCCACAGACUUGAUGGCUCUCUUCUCGAGCUUUUUACCCGGCGAGAGCGGCAAGAUCGAGAAGAUUUCCAUCUAUCCUAGCGAGUUUGGCAAGGAGCGCAUGCAGCAAGAAGAAGUCGAGGGACCUCCGAAGGCACUCUUCAAGGAUAGCGACAAGCGGGAUUCCGAGUCGGACGAAAGCGAGGAUGAUGACGACAGCGAUCUCAGCGAAGAUGAGAAGAUCAAGAAGGAGCUGAUGCAGGAGGGAGACGAUGAGGAUUUCGACAGCGAUGCUCUACGGUCCUACCAACUGGACAGACUACGCUAUUACUAUGCUGUGAUGGUCUGCUCCAGCCUCCAGGCAGCCAAGAAGAUCUACGAAUCCACAGACGGUACCGAGUUCCAGUCAUCGUCCAACUUCCUUGACCUUCGAUUUGUGCCGGAUGAUGUCACAUUCGAUGACGAGCCCCGAGACGAGUGCGACAAGGUGCCAGAAAGCUACAAGCCUGUGGAGUUCGUGACCAACGCGCUACAGAGCUCCAAGGUGAAACUGACAUGGGACAUGCACCCGGAGGAGACAUCCAGGAAAGACGCUCUUGACAGGGCUUUCACCGGAAGCCGAUCCGAUCUACAGGAGAACGACCUUCGCGCGUACUUAGCGAGCGAUAGCGAGGGCGAGGAUGAGGAAGAGGAGGAUGCCGACGCUGGAGAAGAAGAGAAGGACGCCCCCAAGCUUUCCAAGAAAGAGCUGGCUCGCAAGAAGAUGCGAGAAGCUCUGGGGCUAGGCGAGGAGCCCGCCGCAAAGGAGUCCAAGCACGGCCCCGUGGGAGACAUGCAGAUUACUUUCACGCCUGCCCUGACAGAGACCAAGAAGAAGCAAAAGAAGGCCGGCGAGGAGGAGACAACCCUCGAGAAGUACGUCCGAAAGGAGCGCGAGCGAAAGGAGCAGAAGCGUCAAAAGGCCAAGGCCAAACGUGAUGGCCAGGAUUCUGACGCCGAGUCAGAGGAUGAGGCUGCUCCGGUCCAGGCCGACGAGGAGGAGGAGGAGGAUCUCGGAUUUGACGACCCCUUCUUCACGACCGACGAGCCUGCCGUUGCCCCCUCCAAGACAUCCAUCCGCAAGGAGGAGCGCCGCAAGAAGCGUGAGGCCCGCGAAGCCGCCGAUGCCGAGUCGGCAGCCCAGAAGGCACACCUCACCAAGGUCAUGGCGGAGGACGCCGACGAGAACCAGGCCAGCCACCUGGACCACUUCGACAUGAACGAUAUCCUGCGCGCCGAGAAGCAGAAGAAGAAGAAGGGAAAGAAGGGCAAGAAGGACCUGGCCACAGGUAGCCUGCAGGAGGACUUCAGCAUGGACGUGGGCGACGAUCGUUUCAAGGCCGUGUUCGAGGACCACGAGUUCGCGAUUGACCCUUCCAACCCGCGGUUCAAGGGUACUGAGGGUAUGAAUCAGCUGUUAGAGGAGGGCAGGAAGAAGAGAAGAGGGGACAAUGACGAUGAGCCGAGACGGAGCAAGAAGGCUAAGAAGGGGAGGAGGUGA